AGAACACCAUUGUCGAAUUCGUGAUCCAUAUCCUCCCUUCGCCAGAGAUCUUGCCAGCCCCUCCACCACUUACGGAGUCUGAUCGUAUCAGCUUUAACAUUCGGACCGAGUAGACGUAUCUUCUCCCGUCACCCGCAUACGGAGUACUUCUUCAUACCUAACCCCCAACGAUGCUCCUAUACGACAUCCUCCAUACGCCAGCCUAGCCGUUAACCAAGACCCCAUGCCUGAAAAUAUCAACGACUUGCAAUGUCGCAGCUCCCCCGUAAGCCCGGAGGAGCCUCAACCGACCAAGAUCCACGAAGACGAUGCACUGGCGCAAGACAUCUUACUCAUCACUGAUUUGCCCGAGGGGUAUACCGUUGGCUGCGAUACAAUGACACACGUGGGAUUUGGAGACCAAUGCUUCGGUAUCCGGGGAAUUCCUCCGGGAUUUCACUUUGUGUGGGCCACCCCGAGGAUUCGAGGAUAUCCCCGGUGCGGCUGCUGGGUUAUCAGCUCUGGCAAGAAGCAGAAUAUUCACGUCCUGCAAUGGAACCAGUAUACCCAGACAUUAGGACGUCAUGUCAGUAGAUACGAAAGACGACUAUACCGGGAAUCCAUUCGCGAGCAUAAAAUAUCCCUCUUCCACUAUCACUGCCCAACACCGGCCUCGGAUUACUCGGGAGCUACCGAGCCGGCAACGAUCUGGUCGCGCAUCACAAGCUGCAUCUCCGAGCCCCUGCUUCACAGGGUCGUAAGCCGGCGCGAUCGCGACUGGAGGGUGCACUCGGACCACCCUGUGCGGGAUAUCUCGGAGCCUCGUGGUGGUGCAGGUCAACGCCGCAUGUCCAGGACCAUGUGCGGCGGCGAUCUUUCCUUUGCACUCGCCAGACUGGCCCGUGAAACCCACAUUGAGCAGGAAAAGACGGCCGAUAAGACCGGGAAUGUCGAGAUGGAACCCAACGAUUCUACCGUCCAUCUUGUUUCAUUUUUGAGCGAUCAAGCCAACGGCGGAGCAGCAGGAGACUCCGACUUGGCUGGGGAGUUCCAGUUCCUCUUCAUUGCGGGUGCCCUCGCGAACAACGACGACUGCCUCGAGCUCUAGUGGCGCACGGCACAGACUUUCGUUCUUCGGGCUUAUGCCUUGCUACCAGAAAGCACGGGGUUGGCGAAGAAACUUCUGGAUAUCUUCUACCAUCAGCUUCUGUUCGA